AGGGAGAAGAAGAUCGAGGGCUUGACCUCUCUCCGUGUGAUGGCUCAGAACCAGAUGGACAUACUGAUGCCUAAACUCCAUGAUAUCUGCCUUGCCAUUAUAAAUGAGGUGAAGAACCUGCGCUCUGCAGUGUCCUGUGCUGCCAUGGCCACACUGGGUGACAUGUACGUUCACCUCCAGAGGGCCAUGGACAGUGAGGUGGAGGGGACGGCACGCGUGCUGCUGCACAAAGCCAGCGAGGCCAACAACUUCAUCCGGCAGGCCGCCAACUUUGCCCUGGGUCACAUGGUGCAGAGCUGCACCCCUACCCGUGUCAUGAAUGCCCUGCUGGUCGGUGGGCUGAGCCACCGUAACGCUGCGGUGAGGAGCUGCACUGCUCAGUACCUGGAGAGACUGGCUAAGGUCAUGGGGAUGGCUCGUCUCCUGUCGGGGAAGAAAGACCUCACUGACCGUUUCUUGAUUGCCGUCAGUAAACUGGCUGUGGACCCUGCACAGGAAGUCAGGCAUCAUGGUCGCAAUAUCUUGAGAAACGUGGCCACUAAAAUGUGGGACAAAUUCGCUCCAAGGAAAGAGCGAGAAUCCUUGAGGGAGGUCAUCUCAAAGGUUAACCUCAAAGAAAGGUACAUUCUCUCUGGAUGAUUAGAAGAAGUAUGACAAAUGAGCUGAUAUGAUUACAGAAAUCCAAUCCCACUGGGCACAGUCAUCAGUUCAAUGUCUAGUUUUGAUUUAAACUUGGGAAAUGAACCAAAAUGUGAAAACAACCAAAAAUGUUGGUUAAAAGUUGCGUGAAAAAAAUCCAAUUGUGUGUUCCACAUUGAUUCACCGUCGUCACAUAGCUUUUUUGUUGUUGUUGGAAAGAGGUGGAAAUAACGUUUAUUCAACCAGUUUUGGCCCAAUGGGAUGAAUUUAAUAUACUGUAAGAUUAUACCUUUCUGUCUUUUCUCUUUUUCAACAGGAAUAUCUGAAUAAUCCCCAACUUGACUAUAUAUUUGUAUCUAAAUAUUUGCACAUUUCCCAACUUGACUAUUAUCCCCUCCAGUCCCCAAACUCCAAUAUUUUCGUUCAUUCUAAGAAAUUUGACACUAUCAUCCAAACCUCCAUGUAAAUGCAUUUUUAAGCUGCAUUGACUCCUUGUCCAAGUCCUGAAUCCACUACAAGGCAAUACCAACCAUAUUCAAAGCACUAAAUGACCUUUCCUCGAAGCUCCUAUCUGAUCUACCAGCUCAAUAGUGGUCUACUGAAACCAUACUCACCAUCUCAGGUGGUGCUCAGAUCAUCAACCACUGACCUCCACUUAUCCUCAAAACCAGCAGUCCUCUUUUGGAGGCAGAUUGGUCAGUGCUCCUGUAUGGCACCAACAUUGUGGAUUUUCAUCCAAUGCUUCUGGACUAUGAGAACAUUCUUUGGACAAUAAAAUUAGGUAAAAUGGAA